UCGGAUUGUGUUUGUAGUAUAUAAUUGUAAGGAACUACAAUAUUUACAGAGUGAUCUGCAAGAUUAUACUGAUACAUAUAUAUCAUAUAUAGCUUCGGCCAACAACGGUGAUUUGAACAGAAGAUUCAAGUUAAAACCCACAGAUGAAGGACUGUUGAAAAAUUGAUUGUACGAUGUGUGAUUUUUUCCGGGCUAUUUACUAUAUUGCACCGUGAUCUUCUAACAAAACGCCCGAGUUUCUUUAUUUCAUUCGCUCACGUCACAUUGCCUGUUAUCUAACCGAGCUUUUGCAACCAAUCGAGACCAACUCAGAGUAAAACCAUUGUGACGAACGUUUUAUUUUCAUAUAUAUGAAAGACUGCCUAUGAAGAUAUGGUCGUUUGAAAAGAAUAUUUUGGACAGACGAGUAAUUUAUGUUUCCAUCGUGAGAUGUACAGUACAGCACAUUAAGAGAAGCUGUAUCAAAACGGUGGAAACUCACAAUCCUGUUCAUGCGAAGAAGAAAAGUGUAGAGAAGAGCUGGGCUUUUUAACAGUAACUGCUGUGCAUUUGGAAUCAACUAAUCAAAUUAUAAUUCUGAAAGUGAAAGUUUGACAACAGACAACAAGAUCGCCCGAAAGAUACAAGUAGCCUUAAGCCAGAAUCUGUUAUUGUAAGUGAGUCAUAUUUUAAAAAAAAUAUGGACGCACACAUUAACACGAGUGGUUUCCAGAAUGUUACCAAUGGCACCGGUGCGGACGAGAGUGCCUUGUUUUUUGAGAGUUUGGUCAGAAUCAUCAUUCCAACAAUCUUUGGACUAAUCGUUUUCCUAGGCCUGGUGGGAAACCUUCUCGUCAUCAUUGUCGUCUAUUCCUACAAACAAAUGCAGAACACCACAAAUAUUCUUAUCGUCAGUUUGGCGUUUGCGGACCUUUUCUUUAUCAUUUUCUGUGUGCCUUUCACGGCUACUCUGUAUGCAAUGCCAACAUGGCCGUUUGGUGAUAUCUGGUGUAAAAUCGUCAACUAUCUUAUGUACGUGUGUGCAUAUGCAAGUGUAUGGACCUUAGUAUUAAUGUCGUUUGACCGCUACCUAGCAGUAGUUCAUCCUAUAUCUUCUAUGAGACUUCGAAAUACUCGCAAUGCUUAUAUACUUAUAGUGUUGACAUGGUUCAUCUUCAGCGUGGGACAUAUUCGUUUACUCCUCCAGUACAGUGUCUUGGAGUAUGAAUAUGGUGGAGCGGAGCGAUCCAGUUGUAUCAAUAUGGAGAAAGAAACUUUGCCAUCCUUUCACGCUUGCUUUUUCGCUUUCGGCUACGUUGUACCUCUGCAAAUUAUUUGCGUUUUAUAUGGCUUCUUGUUGAAACGCCUAUUAUAUGGAGUAGUGCCGGGAGGAAGCCAAAGGGCCGAGAGUAUCCGAAGUAAAAAGCGUGUCACGCGCAUGAUCAUAAUAGUGGUUGUUGUAUUUGCAAUAUGUUGGCUUCCUAUUCACAUCUGCUUCAUGAUUCAACAUUUUGACCCGCACUAUGAAACAAACAUUGUAAACACAUCAUUUCUGAUGACAGCCAACUGCAUUGCAUACAUGAAUAGCUGCAUGAACCCUAUUUUGUAUGCAUUUCUUUCGGAGAACUUUCGUCGAAGUUUUAAAAAUCUACUGUGUUGUAAACGCGAGAGAUUGAACAAAUUUGAAUAUGAGCGGACUCACGCAAGAGGUCACGAAAAGGACACAUAUACAAAGGAAACAUUGUUAAACAAUGAAACCAAAGACGCUGGGGUGAAUUCGAAAGAAUGUUUAUUAAACAACACCGCAAAAAUAUCAGAAAAUGGAAAGGAUUCUAAUUGUAAUUCAGCAAACAACCUCGAAAUGAAAACUAUAAACAAUUUGUAGUCCACAGGAUGACCAACAUUAGUGGCAACCCGAGUAAUUUUACAACCAUGCUUUACAACGUGUCUUGCGAAAAUGGGACAAUCUGCAAUAAUACGGAAGAGUUCGUUGACAUCGAGGCUUUCUUGAGAUUUGAGAAUCUCGUGCGUUACAUAAUACCAGCAAUAUUUGGAUUAAUCGUCAUUCUCGGGUUUGUGGGCAAUGUUUUAGUCAUAUUUGUUGUAUGGUCUUACAAACAAAUGCAAAAUACUACCAACAUCCUCAUCGUUAGUUUGGCCGUGGCGGACCUCUUUUUCAUAAUAUUUUGUGUCCCGUUCACAGCAGCGAGCUACGCAAUGUGGUAUUGGCCAUUUGGUGCAGUUUGGUGUAAAAUCGCCAACUUUUUAAUGCACGUCUCUGCGUAUGCAAGCGUGUGGACUUUGGUACUAUUGUCUCUCGACAGAUACCUGGCAGUUGUUCACCCAAUACCAUCAAUGCGCCUCCGCAACCGACGUAACACAUACCUUCUGGUAUACAUGACAUGGACCUUUAUCUUCUGUGGGAAUGUCCCGAUAUUCCUCCAAUAUGGCGUCGUUGAUUACAAUUGGAUGGGAUUCCAAAGGUCAGCUUGUCUUAAUCUUUCGGGAGUGAAAAACAAACUCGUUCUGAAAAUAUUUUACGGAUGCUUCUUUGCAUUUGGCUACAUGAUACCACUGACGCUGAUCUGCCUUCUGUAUGGGUUCCUUCUGAAGCGUCUUUUAUACGGGGUAGUUCCGGGCGGAAGUCAGAGAGCCGACAGCCUCAAAGCCAAAAAAAGAGUCACUAAAAUGGUGGUCAUCGUCGUUUUAAUAUUCGCUCUGUGCUGGCUUCCAAUUCAAGUAAUUUUCUUGGUGCAAUACUUAAAUACGGACUUUGAAGUGACCAUAGAGUCUUCAGCUAUACAUAUGGCUGCCAAUUGUUUAGCGUACAUGAACAGUUGUGUCAAUCCAAUCUUGUAUGCUUUUCUGUCUGAAAACUUUCGACGAAGUUUCCGUCGUUUGAUUUGCUGUAUACCGGAACCCUACAGCAAGUUCGAUUAUGAAAAAACCAAUAUUAGAGGAAUGGAGACAAAAGAUACAUUACUUAAUAAUGGUAGCUCCAAAAGUAAAAGUGAAAAUGGCAAAGACAGAAACUGUAAUGUUGGAGAAGGCAUUGAACUGAAAGCACUGACUGAAUUAUAGCAUGUUCGUGUUUUGCUGUAUAAAUAUUUCCGAAAAUAUAUCGCCAUGCAGAAAUUACACAUUUGUACUUACAAUGUACAUGCAUUACAAACUUGUAUUAUGACUAUGUUACUUGCCUGUAGUUUCGUGGUUUUGUUUGCUAUGAUACAUGUAUAUAUGGACAUUGUUCAAUGAGAAGGCGUAUUGAUAUUCUAUUGAGAACGGUUUUAGUGAAGAUGUGUUGUACGACAUCAAUGUUUUUAUCUUGUAAAUUACUACUUUAAAAGAUUGUGCUUUAUUUGUGUUGACUUAAUAAAACUAUUGUAGACGAU